AUGAUACACCGGCCGCCAAUGUAUCAUAAAAUAAUUUGUUGUGCCCUAAAAUUGGUGUCGCCAUCUGACAUUGUUCAAGUAAAGAUCGUUAAUUCAACGCAACCAAAACUAGCUUUGAUUCGAUGUUUACCAAUUUUAAAGGCUGUUACUGUGACGACAAGAGGGGUGGGGCUCAACACAACUGCAAAAAGAAGCCCCAUGGCUGCAAAAGAUCUCGAGCCACUUCAAUGGCUACUGACAAAAGGAUUCUACACUAAAAACGAGCUAGGAAAACUGUGCUCUUGUCUUGGAUACCCUAACAACCUGUUGCUGAAUUGUCUACAUGAUGCUACUAAAGUCAAGUUUUCUCUAAGAAGGGAGUACUUGAAAUUUCUAGCUGGGAAGCCAUUGGAAGAAAGCUUUAUCAAUCAGUUAUUGGAGUCUAAAUACUUGAAACAAUGCUUAGAGAAGAGAUUCAAUAGACAAGAUGCAAAGCACAACAUAAAAGUCAUAAAAAAAGCAAUGUGGCUUCUUCGUCAUCAGAAAAUGUCGUUUAACGAAAUAUCGGAGGGUCGAGUAGCAUUUGAGGUGUACUGCUGUGAAGAUGGAAGUGGUCUUUUGGUAGCUGUAGAAAAUGUUCUCUUGGCUCUCAAAAUGGUGGAAAAAGUAAUUUCUUCUUCAAAGUUGGAGUGUGAGAUUCAAAAGCAGCAGCAUAUUGCGGACGUACCAUCCCGUAUACAACUAUACGAAUUCUUCGACUUAGUGUUACUGACUAAGAACUCUGUUCAUGUUGAACUGGAAAUGAAAUCAAACUCAGAUGAGGAAAAAGUUACUAGUAUAGCAUCAAUUCCUAAUCUGGAUCAAAUGUGGAUGACAUCUGACCAGAAGAUUCUUACAUUUCUUGACGAACAGUACAAGCUAUCCCUAUACAAAGAAGUGAAGCCAGCGUCUGAAACUAUAGAAGAAGAGCACGUUGUGUCAUCUGCACCAAGGAGAUAUCUCAAGGCACUGUCAAAAGAACAGCUUCAUGCCAUCUGUCCGUCGUUAGAGUUCUCCCAAUCACAGCUUCAUCAGGCGAGAGGGAGGGCAGUGGUGCAAAGUGGCAGGUCCACUGGAAACUUUAUUUCACUAUCUAGUUCUAGGAAAUCUUUUCCUAGCGUUCUUCAAGCCGACUUUGAGGGUCCUCAGUCACAGUAUGUGUCAAGAAGAGCAAGAUGGCAAUCUCCUUCAAAGCGAUCACUCAGAAAACUCGCUAAGUUCCCGCAAAUGAGUAUCACCGAAGAAAAAGCAAGUCCUGAGCAGGCAAAACAUCCUGUUUUCAAUGAACGUGUCGAGUCUGCUUUGAAAUCUAGAGAAACUCUCCCUACCUCAUUCAGUGGUAUCCUUCAGCUAACUAAUGACAGCAGUGCAUCAAGACUAUUUUCUUCCCCACAAACACCAUACAGUGAUACCAGCCGCCCCUGUACAGAACCUGAACCAGGGAGAAGACAGCGCCCUUUGCUGUGUGAUCCUAUAGUUAGCCCAGAAGAGCUACAUCAACAUCAAGGACAAAUGGACGACCUGAGGUGGGCCUCUCUGAAACUGAACCCGGCGUAUGAAAUCAGUAGACCUCCAACUUCCUUUGAGGUGUGGGUACCUCCUUCAAAUGCAACACGGAAGCUGUCCUCAAGAGUUCGAUUCAAUCGACCUGACAUAGACUAGCUCAUAUAGCUAGUGACCAUGUUUAGUGACUCGAAAAAGUCUAGUCUGUUGUGUAGGCAUUUUGUGUAUUAAUCUCACUGAGGCCAUAAUCAAAUAUAAACAUAAUUUUUUUAUGUAUGAAGAUCAAAUAUUGCUUUUGUUUG